AUGUGCAGCCGUUGGGUUGUAUUAGCCUUUUACUGCUUGGGACAGCUGUGUGCAGGUCAAAGCCUGAAACCUCAGAUUGCAGCCCCUGAGCUUGCUACAAACAAUCCCACUCUUACUACAGUCGCUCUAGAAAAACCUUUCUGUAUGUUUGACAGCUCACUGUAUCCAAAUAAAUCUUAUGUCAUCUACUUGUACACAAUGAAGGAAUCGGCAAGUGCAAUAAGCUCCCUAGUGACCACCACCAACAGCAAACCACUCAACAGCACGUUCCAGCAAACAAGCGGGGGAAAACUUGGACCUUACAAGGCUGCCAUGUUCAAUGUACCCAACUGUGCUUCGCCUCCCAAGUUCACUGAUGUAGGAGAUGUCAACAAAAUUUCUGAUGUCCUGAAACAAUACCUCUUCAGAGUUGGGGAUGAUGGGAGCUGUUUAUAUGACCCAAACUUCCUAGCUGUCUGUAACCCACCUCUUACACCAGAUACAACAUACAGGUUUAAAUAUGUGUUGGUAGAUAACACUGAAGGUAUCAUGAAAGACCAAACUCUCUGGUCUGAUCCAAUCAAAACCAGAAGAGCUAAACUUCCCUUGAAAAUUGAUACCUGGCCUGGUCGAAGGAGUGGAGGCAUGAUUGUCAUUACAUCAAUUCUCAGUGUUCUUGUGUUCCUUCUGCUUGCUGGCCUUCUUGCUUCUGUGUCCUCUGCUGUCAUGGGAUCAGAAGCUUCUUCUGCAGAGAUAAAGCACGUGUCUCAGACCAUUCAACAAAGUGAACCGAGACCACAGUUAAGCUCUGAGUGA